AUGAAUUCGGUACCAAUUCACACGACCAAUGGCGAGAAUGGUGUCAAGCCGGAAGGGAAGAAGCAGAUUUUGCUCAAUGCAUUCGACAUGUCUACGGUCGGGCAUUUGUCUCCGGGACAGUGGAAGAAUCCCGUCGACAAGUCAGCAACCAAGCGCGACCUGAACUACUGGAUCGACCUCGCGAAGCUCUUGGAACGAGGUGGCAUCAAUGCCCUCUUCCUCGCUGACACAUAUGGAGGUUAUGACACCUACGAAGGAAGCCUUGACAACUGCAUUCGCCGAGCGGCCCAAUGGCCAAUGACAGAUCCUACUAUUCCGAUCAGUGCCAUGGCUGCGGUCACAAAGAACCUUACAUUCGCCGUUACCGCCUCCACAUCCUUUGAGCCGCCUUUCCUUCUCGCCAAGCGAUUCUCAACGCUCGACCAUUUCACGAGGGGCCGCAUUGGCUGGAACAUUGUCACUUCUUGGAAGAAGGCAGCAUUCAAGGCUAUUGGCUUGGACAGCCCGAUUCCCCAUGAUGAGCGGUACGCUCAGGCAGACGAGUAUCUUCGAGUUCUCUACAAACUUUGGGAAGGCUCAUGGGCAGAUGACGCGAUUACCCCUGAUCCGGAGAACGACACUUAUGCCGACCCCGACAAGAUCAGGACCAUCCAUCACCACGGAAAGUUCUUCGACCUCGAUACGCGCCACAUCGUCGACCCUUCCCCCCAAAGAACCCCCUUCCUUUUCCAAGCAGGAACAUCAGCAGCUGGGUCAGAAUUUGCGGCAACACAUGCCGAGGGCAUUUUUGUCUCUUCGCAUUCACCUAAGCUCCUGCGCCCGAAGGUCAAGAUAAUCAGGGAAAAGGCCGCGGCGCUCGGAAGAGACCCUCAAUCUGUCAAGUUCUUCGCCACCUUCACUCCAAUCGUAGGACGAACUGACGAAGAGGCCCACGCCAAGCACGAGGAGCUCAAGAAGUACGCUUCCGUCAUUGGUGGCCUGGUCCUCGUCAGCGGCUGGACGGGCAUCGAUCUAUCCAAGAUCCCUGUCGACCAAGAGGUGACUGCCGCAGACUCUCUAGAGGCGCACAAGGUGCGAAGUAUUCUCGAUGCUUUCACAACAACGAGCGAGCACGUUCCCAAGUGGACGUCGCGUGUCAUUGCCGAGCGGGCGGCGAUAGGUGGGCUCGGGCCGGUAUCUGUAGGAAGCCCACAAAAGGUGGCGGAUGACUUGGAGUAUUGGAUCCGUGAAGGUGACUUGGAUGGUUUCAACUUGGGAUAUGUCACGACGCCUGGCACAUUUGAGGAUGUUGUCGAUCUCCUUAUCCCAGAGCUUCGACGACGUGGGAUCUACCCAGAAGCACCUGCCGACGACGUUGCUUUUACAGCCAGGGAGAAGGUCUAUGGGCAAGGACAAAAGGGACUGAGAGCUGAUCACCCUGGCUCGUCCUAUAAGUAUCAUGUAUACAACGAGGAAGACGCAAGUUCGAAGCGUGCAGACUAA